AUGACGCUCCCGCAGCUGCUCGUCGGCAAGGUCGCGGGCAUCACUGGCGGCCUGACGGGCAUUGGCCGCGCCAUCGCACUCGACUACAUCCGCCACGGCGCCAAGGUCGGCAUCAACCACCUCGGCGGCGCCGGCGACGAGCCCCACCUCAAGAGCUUCCUGAAAGAGGCCGCGGCGCUGCUGCCGGCCGGCGAGGUCGUCGAGAACCGUGUGGUGACAUUUGCGGGCGACAUUUCCAUGCCCGAGACGGGGCGCCAGUUUGUCGAGCACAUUGUGGCCUCGUUUGCGCCGGCGGACCACCAAGGCCGCCUCGACGUCUUUGUGAGCAACGCCGGCGUGUGCCAGUUUGCCGAGUUUCUGGACCUGUCACCGCAGCUAUUUGAGCACACGCUGAGCACCAACCUGUCGGGUGCGUUCUAUGCCGUCCAGGCGGCCGGUCGCCAGAUGGCCCUGCACCAGACGCCGGCGGGCGGCUCCAUUAUCGGCAUCAGCUCCAUCUCGGCGCUCGUCGGCGGCGGCCAACAGACGCACUACACGCCCACCAAAGCCGGCGUCAAGAGCCUGAUGCAGUCGUGCGCUGUGGCCCUCGGCAAGUACGGCAUCCGCUGCAACUCGCUGCUGCCCGGCACCAUCCGCACGCAGCUCAACGACGUGGACCUGGCGGACCCGGUAAAGCGGACGUACGUCGAGGGCCGCACGCCGCUCGGCCGCCUGGGCCUGCCGCAGGACAUGGCCGGGCCGGCAGUCUUCCUGGCCUGCGAGGAGCUGAGCAGCUUUGUGACUGGUGCUGAGCUGCUCGUCGAUGGCGGUCUGUUUGUGAACCUGCAAUAG